AUGGCCGACCGGCGGCGCAGAAGGAGGCGCGCGUCCCAGGACAGCGACGACGACGAUGACGAGUCCGCUUCGGGCUCGGAGAGCCCCAAAUCAGGCUCCCAGACAAGCAAGAGCCGCGGGGCCAGGGAGCCCGAACCGCCCGAAACUGCUUUUGACCGGACCGAGGCUAAGGAGGAAGUGCAGUCCGAGUGUGAGAGUGAAGAUGGCGUAGGAGAAGCCGUUCUCUCGGACUACGACAGUGCUGAUCCGGAAGAAAACGCCUCCCGAUCAGAGGGAGCGGAGGAGGAGGAUGACGCCGACGGCUACAGUGACGACGAAACACCAGCGGCGGCUGCCGGCCGUUCGGAACAUCCCGCCAAUGCUCAACAAGUACAAGAGGAUGACGAAGACGGGGAUGAACCUCGUAAAGAGGGGAAGGAGUCUGAAGUGAAAGCCAAAUCGGCGGGAGAGAGACAGAGCGGCGAUGGGCAGGAAUCCACGGUGGACCCCGAAAGCAAGACGGGAGGACAGUCCGGGCAGCGGCUAGAUGACGACGAGGACCGCAAGAACCCGGCUUACAUCCCUCGCAAGGGUCUCUUCUUCGAGCAUGACGUCAGAGGCCACGCCCAGGAGGACGAGAGGCCCAAAGGCAGAAACAGGAAGCUGUGGAAAGACGAAGGGCGCUGGGAGCACGACAAAUUCCGUGAGGAGGAGCAAGCACCCAAAAGCCGCGAGGAGAUCAUCUCCGUGUACGGCUACGACAUCCGUAACGGCGAGCGUGGCCAGCGACGACCUCGGCCUGGCGUGUCCCCCAACAGAGAGCAGCAGCGAUGGCGGGAAGGGGCAGAGCGAACGCCGCGCUCCUGGCAGAGCAGUCGAGGUGGAAGGGGUGGCGGGACACCCCGAGGCGGCCCCCCUCAUCAUGCGUCUCCUGCUUCCAUCCCACAAUCGUAUGGCCAGCGGGGCGGAGGCGCCUCCCGCAGCCGAGGCCCCCGCCUUCCCGCCCGACACGUGCCAGAAUCGCACGUUCAUCAGCUUCAUCCGAGGGAACGAGCGCUUCCCAAAGGCUCACCCGAGCCGGCGGCCGAUGAGGGGAGAGCCAUCGAAGACCCUCCGCCGGGCAAAAUCGGUGACGAGGAGCGCGCCCAGAGUAGCUCCGGGCCAUCCCUUGAGCAAGCGACAUCGCCGGAGCAGCGAGGGGGCGCCUCUUCCACCCGCGUACAGCACGCGUCGGCAUCCCCCCGGGAAGCCUCGCCUCCUGCCGAACGACCAAUAGAGCGCAAGUCCUACUCGCUGGCCCGGAGGAGUCGCUCGCGGCCAUCCGAGCCGGGCGGCAAGCGGACCGUGUCGGUGGAGGAGGCGGCGGCCCCCGAAGAUUCGGGGAUGGGUGGGGGCGCGGAGGAGUUGGACCGGGACGUAGCUCGGCUGAGUCUUGUGUCCGGGCGGACUUGGAACCAGAGCCCAGCCUCGUACGUGCACCCGGAGAUGAGAGGCCUGAGUGGCGGCUUGCACGUUGCCAGCGCUCCUCCGCCGUCCUUCUCCGGCUUGGAUGAGAUGUCGAGCGGCGCCAACCGUGCCAAGCGCUACUCGUCCCAGCGGCAAAGAGGAGUGGCCGAGGCGGCUCCACCCCUGCACGUGGGCGUCAUGGAGGGACACUUCUAUGAGCCCAUGACAUACCCGGGACCCAUCUACACGCACAGCGACGCCUCGGCCCCCAUCGCGCCCCAAGGCAUGCUGGUCCAGCCUGAGAUGCACAUCCCCCAUCCGGGUCUUCAUGCCCACCAGUCGGGAGGCCCAAUUGCUAACCCCGCUCUCUACGGAGGCCCGCCUGUGUCUCUGUCGCCAGGGCAACCGCAGCAACUCCUGCCAUCGCCUUUCUACCCGCCGCCAGGGGUCAUGACCUUCCCUUACCCCACUAUGUACCCCAGUCCACAGGGCCAAUCACAGGUGACGUACGGGGGCGUGACCUAUUACGACACAGUGCAGCAGCAGGCGCAGCCCAAACCUUCGCCGCCCCGCCGCACGUCUCAACCAGUUACCGUCAAGCCGCCCCCUCCGGAAGUGCCCUUUGCCUCAGAGUGA